UCUCUGAUUCGAUAAGGUUACUCGAGGGAUGGUUUACACAAGCAGCAUCAGGUGAUAUACGAAUGUCUGGCCUGUCUUUUGCGAGAAUUGUUAUAGGAGGUUUUGCGAAGCGCAGUUUAGAAGACACCAAGAAGUUUAUCAUCAGGUCUUUGAAAUUUUUUAUAUUAUGUGAUCUGCAAUUAGUAAUGUCACCGCUCUUUAAUUAUCUCCGCACUUCGCACAGACAUUCUUUUAACAGCCGCGAGCGCUAGUGCUGCUCUAAUACUUAUUUGAUACAUGUUUUUUAUUAUGUAUGCUCGCAUUAUCGUCGCGUUUGUAAGAUUCAGUCAUUUCGUCGUAUAAAAAAUCGAAGAAGAUGAAUCGUCAUCCUAAUCCUGAUUAUAAAAAUCGCAAUGAACCGCAAGUUGAAUUGGAGAGUCAAUUUGUUAUGCGGUUGCCACCGGAACCUUCCAGAGUACUAAGAGAAGCAUUACGUAGCAGUUUGCCUUUAAAAGACAGAUUAACUAUAAAAUUAGAGAAUGAUAUGCGCUAUGGUGAAGUUAAAUUUGACCACUGGUUACUCCACGCUAAGGUUGUGGAUUUACCAACAAUAGUGGAAUCUUUAAAAACUAUUGAUAACAAAAGUUUUUACAAAACUGCUGAUAUAUGCCAGAUGCUAAUAUGCAAAGAGGAGGAUGAUCAUACUGCGACAGAUGAGGAAUCUCCUGUUAAGCAGAAAAAGAAAGAUCCAAAUAAGGUUGAUAAAAAGUUUCUUUGGCCUCACGGUAUAACACCACCUACUAAAAAUGUAAGACGCCGGAGAUUCAGAAAAACUUUGAAAAAAAAAUAUGUGGAGGCACCAGAAAUCGAGAAAGAAGUUAAACGUUUGUUACGAGUAGACAAUGAUGCCGUUAAUGUUAAAUGGGAAGUGAUAUGUGAAGAUGAAGACCAAUCAAAACCAAGUAAAGUAUCAUCGUCUGGUACAGUUAAAACUAAAAGGGAAAGUAUUAAUGGAAACACAUCUCAAAGUCUGGAUGUCGCUGAACAUGAUAUAUUUGGUGAACCCGUAAGUGACAGCGAAGACGAUGAUGAAGAACCAAACAUAAAUGUGAUGGAACUUGAUGAGAAUAGUCGUUCUGCGGAUAGUAGAGUUUCAGAUUCUAAUUCAAUGCAAGCUACAUAUUCUGAAAAAUCAAGUAACAAUGCAACAACAAGUAGCGGAUUAGUUACUGAAUUCAGUAAAGAAAUGUUCCAAAAUGAUAACAAUGGCGAUGUAGAAACCGAAAAGCAAGACGAGACUGUUCCGUCAAAAGCCCAAAAAUUAGAGCAGUUUCAUGCUGAUUAUAUUAUUACAGAAAAUUAUACAGAAUCGCCAUCGGUAUCUGUGUCUAAAGAUACGCGUCUUGCUACUCUUCACGCGGAAUUGUCAGCAUUGCGACAAAGAAGGCAACAACAAGAGAUUGAAAUUGCUAAUAUUGAAAAUGUCAAACUGAGGCAGCGAUUCCAAGAAAUAUUAGAUAAUUUGUUGACUCAAGAAAUGCAAAAAGUACAAGAGAUACAAGAUUUAGAAUUGGAAUAGAAAAUGCAGUUAAUGUUUCAUGCAAAUUACAUAUAAACUAUCAAAUUUUAUUCAAUAAUUACAUUGCAAUUAACUUAUUGUAUAUAA